GGUGGUGAAGUUCCGCCGCACGGGGGAGAGCUCGAGGUCGGAGGAGGAUGGAAUUUCGGGAGAGCACGAGGUGCAGAUCGAGGGGGUGAGGACGGAGCUGGAGCCCGUGGAGCUGGAGGAUGGAGCUGCGGUGCCCAAGGAAUUCGCCAACCCCACGGAUGAUACUUUCAUGGUGGAGGAUGCAGUGGAAGCCAUUGGAUUUGGGAAGUUCCAGUGGAAGCUCUCUGUCAUUACUGGAUUGGCAUGGAUGGCAGAUGCCAUGGAAAUGAUGAUUUUAAGUAUCCUUGCUCCUCAGCUGCACUGUGAGUGGCGCUUACCCAGCUGGCAGGUUGCAUUGCUCACCUCGGUGGUGUUUGUGGGAAUGAUGUCCAGCUCCACCCUCUGGGGAAACAUUUCAGACCAGUAUGGGAGGAAAACAGGCCUGAAGAUCAGCGUGCUGUGGACUCUCUACUAUGGGAUCCUCAGUGGAUUUGCUCCCAUUUACAGCUGGAUCCUGGUGCUGAGGGGCCUGGUGGGCUUUGGCAUUGGAGGAGUGCCUCAGUCGGUAACUUUAUAUGCUGAGUUCCUGCCAAUGAAAGCCAGAGCAAAAUGCAUUUUAUUAAUAGAGGUGUUCUGGGCCCUUGGGACAGUGUUUGAGGUGCUCCUGGCAGUGGUGGUGAUGCCCACGCUCGGCUGGCGCUGGCUCCUCAUCCUCUCUGCCCUCCCACUCCUGCUCUUUGCUGGCCUGUGUUUUUGGCUGCCAGAAAGUGCCAGGUAUGAUGUUUUAUCUGGGAACCAGGAGAAGGCUCUGGCCACCUUGAAGAGGAUUGCCACAGAAAAUGGAGCUCCAAUGCCCCUGGGAAAACUGGUGGUGUCCAGGCAGGAGGACAGAGGCAAAAUGAGGGAUCUUUUCACCCCCCAUUUCCGCUGGACCACGUUGUUGCUCUGGUUUAUUUGGUUUUCCAAUGCUUUUUCAUAUUAUGGGUUAGUUUUAUUAACUACAGAGCUCUUCCAAGCAGGAGAUGUUUGCAGCAUAUCCAGCAGAAGGCAGGAAGUGAAAGCCAAGUGCAGCCUGACCUGUGAGUACCUGACAGAGGAAGAUUACACUGACCUGCUCUGGACAACCCUGUCAGAAUUCCCUGGUGUGUUGGUGACCCUGUGGAUCAUCGACCGCAUCGGCCGCAAGAAAACCAUGGCCCUGUCCUUCCUUGUCUUCUCCUUCUGCAGCCUCCUGCUCUUUCUCUGUGUUGGAAGAAAUGUUCUUACUGUGCUGCUCUUCAUUGCAAGAGCUUUUAUUUCAGGAGGAUUUCAGGCUGCCUAUGUUUACACUCCUGAGGUUUAUCCCACAGCCACACGUGCUUUGGGCCUGGGAACAUGCAGUGGAAUGGCCAGAGUGGGAGCCCUCAUAACCCCGUUCAUUGCACAGGUGAUGUUGGAAUCUUCGGUCUAUCUGACCCUGCUGGUUUACAGUGGCUGCUGCCUGCUGGCUGCCCUGGCCUCCUGCUUCCUGCCCAUCGAGACCAAGGGCCGUGGCCUGCAGGAGUCCAGCCACAAGGAAUGGGGCCAGGAGAUGGUGGGCAGAGGAUCUCAUUCCCCAGGGGAAUCACAGGAAUGAUGGGACAUGGAAACCUGCUGGAAGAAUGAAGGAUAGGAGCAAGGUGUCUCACCAAACCUCCGAGCCUGAAGCAUGGAAAGCUGACCACCAUCACUGCCAUCCUCACGUGUCAAACUGCAGGAGUUUGGGGUUGAACCUCAGCAAAUUGUGUUUUCUGCUGCUCGUUGCUCACACUCAUCAAAACUUUUUUGGAUGGAGAGGCCUUUGAUCCAGAUAUCCUUGGAAGUUUAGCAGGAAGGGUUUCUCUUCAGUCUGUCGUGCUUGCAUGGUCAGCUCUUCAGCUUAAAAUGUCCUGUGCCAAGCAAAUGCCAAGUGACUGCAGCCCAGCAUAAGCUGUCAUUAAAACACUGAGCUCUUGAUGCCUGAAACCAAGAGGUUCAUCUUUAGGGUGGCCCUGGCCUGGCACAGGGUGGAUUCCAUCCCUACCACUAUGGAUUAAAUGCCUGCCUUGCACUUUUAGCCAUCAAAACCAUCACCAAAAUGUGAUUCUGUCAAACCAACCCAAGCUUUCCAGUUGGGUUUUGUUUCUGGAGAGUUGGAUUGCUUGGAAAUUGAUUUCUGACUGUUUCUCUCAUCCCAGGUGGGUAUGGAGCAGGGAGGGUGGUGUUGCUGCAGAGCUGGGACCUUGUAGCAGAAAUGUAAACCACAGAAUCAUUGAGGCUGGAAAAGACCUCCAAGCUCAUCAAGUCCAAUGCAUAAAUCCUCGAGUUUUGGAGCAGAAUUGGACUUCUCUGGUAUUGCCAGGGACCUUGAGCUCUCUCUGUUGCUUGGAGUGAGGAGGUUCUCACUCCUGGGGUUCUCUGUGUGGAUCCAGGUGUGUCCCUGCUCCAUUUCCUGGGCACAUCCUCAUGGUGGGGCGGCCCCAGCUGCUGUUGGGAUGGAGCCACUCCCUGGCAGCUGGGCAGGACCUUUCCUGCUGAUUGUACAUUGGUGACAGAGGAAUGUAGCUGGAAUAAAUGAACAAAAGCAUGGGAAGAGCCCAUCUGCAGUGCCCUUGGAUGAGGAGCAUCCCUCCUUCAGGUGUGGCUCCUCAGGGGAUGAUCCUGCUCUUGUCAGGGAAUGCAACAGAGCUCAGGUGAGGACAAGGUGAGGGCAGGCUCGUCUGGUUUGUCACAAACCUGUCCCUGGGCACAGCUCAGGUGGCAGAGUCUGUGGGAAUGUGCAGAGAUCUGAGAUGUGCCUCAGUGGAUGUUGAGGAUUCCAGACCUUGGGACACACAGCCAAAAAUGGGUGAGAUGGACUUGGUGAGGCUGUGGGAGCUGUGGGGGUUUGUGGUCUGUCUGACAAGUGACUCACCUGAACACAGGUAAAUGUGCAGCACAUUUGUACACUUGAACAUUUGAAGUAUCCUGGGAAGCAGGUGCCAUUCCUGGGGUCAGGAAUAGGUGUCCAAGUCCAUGUUUGGUGCAGUCCAAGGGAGCUCUGUGGGGCUCAGCUGUCACUGAGGGUCACAGCUCUGAGGUCACUCCAUGCUCCCCCACGUGCCAGGCUGCUUGUGUGGAGACUGAGGGGAAAACAGGAGUGGAAAAAUCUUUAAAGAAAGCCAGGAAACUGAUGAAAAAGGUUGAAAUUGUGUGAGGGAGGGAUUUCUGCUGAGAGCAGAGUUUGGUCCAUCCAGUCCCACUGGAGAUUGGUGACUCAGUGAAGGAUUGCAGGAAUGGUUGGUGGAAACAGGCAAACUUGGCUUUUCCCAGAGAGAUGGAAAUGAAUUCAGCUCCCAAGGGAUCCCUGGGCUCAGCUGUGGGUGGUGGCACAGAACCCUCUGUCCCUUCCAGCUGGGUUGGUUCCCUUUGUGUCCCUGUCCCUGUGUCCUCACGCUCCACCAAAAUCAAGCUCCGGCUGAUCCCAGUAAACAGCCAGGGCUCUCUUGGCACUGACACAAGCACAGCUCAUCUGUUCCCCUCCCUCCUUCUGCCAGGCUGGAGCUGGAUCCUUCUCCCUGUGAGCCUGGAGCAGAGCCAGAGAGAUUUAUUCCAUGGAAUUCCAGAAUUCCAAAGUGCUUUGGGUUGGGAGGCACCUUAAAUCUCCUUCAGGCAGGGACACUUUCCUCUAGACCAGGUUGCUCCAAUCCCCAUCCACACCUGACCCUGAGCCCUUCCAGGGAUGGGGAACCUCUGCUUUCACCUGGUGGAUAUGGGACACAGCAGUGAGGAAGCAGAUCCUGGGUGGGUUUAAUCAGAUAUUGCCCCACAUGUGUGGCCAGAGAGCUGGAAAAGCUGCUGGAGCUGGGACCUGCUGGAGCUGGGAUCACCCCUCAGUGACAGCUCUGACAUUCCAUCCUCAUCCUCACCCUGCUGCUGCUGGAGGCCCUCGAGGCCAUUCCAGCCCCCCCAGGUGUUUCCAUGCUUCCUUCCUUGGGCUUUCCAUGAGCUGUGUUUGCAUCCCAAAACUCUGGAACGGAGCCUGGGUGGAGGUGACAGAGAAUCCAAAGUGCAGGACAGGCCAUGGCCCAGUUUGUUAAUCAAUGCCUUGAGUUAAAAUUCUGCUUUUCUGGGGUAAUGUUCACAUCUCACUCCAUUUUUUUUAGGUGAAUAUUCAGCAGUUUUAUGGAAUUGCAUUCAACAGCCUUUAGAGAGUUUUAGGUGAAGUUUCUCUGUUCAUGCACCCCUGGAUCCUACAGAUAAGCCACUUCCCAGGUAAAGGUUUAUAGGAAAUGCAACAUUUUCCAUGCUGUUGAACAGAUCAGUUUUAACCUGUGACAUUUACAGUGUUAACCAAAAAAUGGAAGGCAUUUUUGCUUUUCACUUUUUAUGAAUUCUGCACUAAAAAAAAAAAAAUCUAUUUAAGGAUAGAAAUACCAAUAUUGUUGUUGCUGGAUCUUUGAUUUUGUUAAAGCUUGAUCCAAAGCUCACUGAAAUCUGGGAAAAUUUCCUGUGGAUAUCCCUGGGCUUUGGAUCAGCUGAAUGAAAGGAGCCCCCCACAGCUGAUCCCACCUGGCUGAAUUCAGCAGGAGCCCAUUGGGCACUGCAGAAACGGAGCUGGAAUUGAGGAUUUGCAGGAAUUUGCAUAUAAUUAAUAAGAGAAGGCCAUUUUAGCUUGUUCACUGAGAACACUGGGGUUGACACACACCAGUUGUAAACCACCACUAUAGAUUUUAUCAGUAGGGCAGCACCAUUUAGGUACAAAAUAUUCCAAAGAAUCCUUGUCCACACUGAGUAUUUCUCACUGGUAAAGGAAUUGCUGCUUUGUUUCAAACAGGAAAGUGAGAUCCUUUGGAAUUCAAACAGAAUUGUGGGAUUUGGUUUUGCCAAGCUGGUGUGGGAAUGUAAUUCCCCAGAUGUGUUUGGAUGGGAUGAUUUGUUAUUCCCAAAUACUUGCUGGAAAAGCAGUGAAUGUUUCCAUGGCUGAAUGUACAGUUUCUAAGCUGGAUUUACAUUUUAAUGUUGAAAAACUUGGUGUAUCUCAAGCUUGUUGUAAAAUACUCCUCUGGUUCCUGUUCCUGACAUGGCAUUGGAGAGUUGAAGUCCACAUUAGAUAUUUUAUGUUAAACAAAUAAAUAGUUUUUUCAGGAAAUAA